CAAACAAGGGCAUGUGCUUAGGAAACAUGUAAUGAAGGACUAGCUAAGCUUGUCCAUCGAUCAAACAGCAAAAUACAGCACACAUAUUCAAAGCAGACCCCGCUUAUACGCUUCUUCCUAUUAUAUAAAACCACAGGAUCUGAAUACCUAAUUUGUAGUAGUUUGUACACAUAUUUCCCAUUGCAAUACUUUGUAGAUUUUGGUUAAUCUCUACAAAAUUUUUGACAAGAGAAAAUAAUAAAUAAUUAACCAUGGAAAGCAACAACAAUGGAAGCUCAUGUAAUUUUAAUGAGGAUACGGAAUUGAGAUUAGGCUUACCAGGAACUAAUACAAAGAAACGAUCAUUUUUAGAAGUUAAUUAUGAGGAGUCUACUUCUACUUCUAACGAUUGUCUUGACCACCAUCUAUCUCCACCAACAAAAGUUCAAACGAUUGGAUGGCCACCAGUAAGAUCAUACAUGAAAAAUAGGUUACAAGUUACAAAGUACGUAAAGGUUAGCAUGGAUGGAGCUCCUUAUCUUAGAAAGAUCGACCUAAAACAAUAUAAGGAUUACAAUGAUCUCUUAUGUGCCCUAGAGAAAAUGUUUAAUUUUAAAGCAUUUAGUAGUGUAUCUGAAUCUUAUUAUAAACCAACUUAUGAAGAUAAAGAUGGAGAUUGGAUGUUGGUUGGUGAUGUUCCAUGGGAUAUGUUCAUUGCUUCAUGCAAACGCCUUAGAUUAAUCGAAGGAUCAUCUCAAUUAUAGAGGUUGUCUUAAGAAUAUGUCAAUAUUUAGCAUUAUUUUUGUUUUGAAAUACUUACAAGUUGCAAUUAAAAGUGACAUGUUAUAUUGGAAAAUAUUAUUAUCAGCUGUAUGUAUAAUAUAUGGAAAUAGUAUAUAGGUUGUUCAUUAACUAUUUUGUAGAAGAAUGAUUUUUUGGGUAUAGUAAAUGAAAAUCCAUCUCAAACUUAAUUGAUGAUAUGAAAAGUAUAA